AUGCGUACCUCAAUAGCGGUUGUGCUUCUACUAACCGCUUUUGAUCCUAUCUUCACACUCAAAUGUUUUUCGUUUGCCAGACACGAGUUGAAGCUUGAGGAUAUUUUCGAUUAUGGCCUGGUCGAAUGCCCGAAGACGUCUAUUGGAUGCUUCUAUUACCCUCAUUGGCAAUGCUUUGAAAAGAAAUGUGGUGUAGCUUAUUCUAUUACUGGAUGUCUAAAUAACCCGAACCUGUGCAUUACAAACAAAACCGCCACGAAGCUGAAUGAUGUUGCUCGCUGCUGUUAUUAUUCUGGUUGUAACUAUGCGCUCUACAAAUAUCUUACGGCUCUCAACGACUCAACACCGGUACACGACUUCAAGGACUGCGAUCAAUCCAUGAAGUGUGAUGAGACGCCGGUCACAUCGACGACAACUUCUGACCAGUUUGUUACUGCACCAACUGUAACGUACAGUAGCCAGGAAAGUAGUACGAUUGUGACGCGGACAAGCGGUGUAAUCAGUAGUAGCACACCCGGUUCAACUGACACUACAAACACUCCGACUGCGACUACGCUCACUAGUUCAAGCGAAAGUAAUCUUGCUACAUUCCGCCGCCUGAAGAUGUUGAGAAGGAUGAGGAGGUCGAUGGUCGUUGAGAAGGAUGAUCUACUUCAUUAUUUUAAGAAUUAA